AUGGCGCUACACAUACCCUUCCUCUCACGCCUACAUAUUCGCGAAUACUUCGCCCUCGUCCUCUCCAUCUUCCUCAUCGCACUCGAAUCCUUCAUCGCCGUCAUAACCCUCGCCCUCCCCUCGCCCAUCAUCAACCUCUGCUACCGCCUCACCCGCCGGCUGUUCAAUCACCUCUCCUCACCCUCGUCGAAACGUUCACGUCAAAAGAAGAAGGGUGUAUGGAGCUCUAUCGCGAAUGCUUCCGACUUCACGGAGCUGUGCGAGCUGUAUGGAUACUACUGUGAGGAGCAUGUCGUGCAGACAGGCGAUGGCUAUCUGCUAGGCCUGCAUAGGCUGGGCUGGCGACAGGGAGAGGAAGAUGUCAGAGUGAAUGUUGGGGGAAAAGACAAAGGAGUGAAGAAGAAGGUUGUGUAUCUGCACCACGGGUUGAUGAUGAAUAGCGAGGUAUGGGUGUGCUCUACGGAGCGCGAGCGGUGUUUGCCAUUCGAGCUUGUCGAGCGGGGAUACGAUGUCUGGCUUGGUAACAAUCGAGGCAACAAAUACUCCAAGAAAAGCGUACAUACUGCGCCGACAUCAAGUAGCUUCUGGAACUUCAGCAUGGAUCAGUUCGCUUUCCACGACAUUCCCGAUUCCAUCGCGUACAUCCUGGAGACCACUCAUCAGCCAUCGUUGUCUUAUAUCGGAUUUUCACAAGGGACUGCGCAGGCUUUUGCAACGCUGUCCAUUCAUCCUACGCUGAACGAAAAAGUGGAUGUCUUCAUUGCAUUGGCUCCGGCCAUGUCGCCGAAAGGGAUUGCUUCUGGUAUCGUCGAUUCUUUUGUCAAGGCAUCUCCGGAUAUUCUGUACCUGGCUUUCGGUCGAAAAGCCAUUCUUCCUUCGACGACGAUGUGGCAGUCGAUCCUAUAUCCUCCUAUUUUUGUCCGCCUUAUCGAUGCGUCGCUUCGAUUCCUCUUUGGAUGGACUGCCGUCAAUAUCUCGCCUUCUCAGAAACUUGCUGCGUACCCCCAUCUUUACUCAUUUACAUCCACCAAGAGCGUUGUCCACUGGUUCCAAAUCAUCCGCAAUGGUGUGUUUCAGAUGUAUGACGAUGAAGCGCCGAACCCAAUCACCUCGAACCGAUCAAAGUACUACAAGGUCGCCAAAUUUCCCACAAAAAACAUCAAGACGCCCAUUGUUCUCGUCUACGGUGGUUCAGACAGUCUUGUUGACAUAAAGAUAAUGCUCAAGGAGCUACCUCGCCACACGAUAGCGAAGGAGAUCCCGCAUUACGAGCAUUUGGACUUUCUUUGGGCACAAUCCGUCGAUCAACUCGUUUUCCCGCAUGUAUUCGAAGCUUUGGACGAGUAUACUGGCACAGAAACUGGCGCCAUUGAGGGUCAAAAGGAGAAGCGUUGGCGAUCACCAGGCCGCUAUCGCGGUCUCUUAACUGAGUCUGGUGACCUCCCUACACCAGAAGCCGAUGAUGAAGGCGACGAAAGUGCAACAGGUCCGGUGGCAUUGCGGUCCAGGAAGUUCUCACAUAAUGCACGGAAACCAGCAUUUCAUGAUGGUGUAGUGGAAGAAAACAGCCUGUCGCCGCAGUCGUCCCCACAGUCUGCGUCAAAGAUCCCACACUUAGCUAGCUACAAAGCUCGCUCCGAAGGAAAGCCCUCACCAGUGCGAAGCAAGCUCAUGUCUCCCCCUCCUACCUUUAGAGUACCAGUCGACUCACCAGGAGCAUCUAUAGAUGCAUCGCAUGUCACUAGCCAAACUUCCACCUCAAGACCGGAAGGAUGGUGGUCCUCUGACGAAGUUGCAGGUACUGAGCAGUCCCAGCCUUCUACACCCCACGUCAGUAAGAGCCCUAGAAGAACAAGCUUUGAUAGUCAUACAAGUACGAACUCACUUACAGGUCGCUUCAGUAAUAAAGGAAUAACCCUUGGUGUGGGAAGGCCAGUUAGUGGGGUCAUAGAGGGCCACGGACUUGGA